UGUUGAGAAAUUUUCUCCCUUUUUUUCCACCAUUUCUGAAACAUCAUCAUCAUCAUAGUUGGGUAAAGCGUCGAAGCGAGAGUAUUCACACUUUACUUUACUUACAACCGUCAUUUUAAAUAUCAAUCAUGUUGAGAUUUGGAUUUUUCUUUUGUGUGCUUUUGGCCAUUGGGGCUAAUGCUGAAUUUUGCUACAAUGAUGUCGACAAAGCUUGCAGUUCAAUGCUAACAAGUGGAUCGCAAUUGGCUAGUUGUAAUGCAAAAUAUGGACAUUUUAUGGACAUUGAACCAGAACUUCAAUCAUAUGCAAAUGCACAUAUUGAAACAAGCUUUGAUUAUUUAUUAAUGUCAACUCAUUUUGGAAGUUAUGAAGCAAAUCGUGAAGGUUUAAAAGGAUAUUUCCGUAAAUUAUCAGACAAAGCAUGGAAAGAAGGAAUUGAAAUUAUUAAAUUCAUUACAAAACGUGGUGGUACCAUGAACUUCAAUCAACCACCUCGUUUUAAACCAACUAUGGCUAAAAAAUCAACACUUGCAUUGAAUGAAUUGAACAGCUUGGCAAGAGCAUUGGAUACUGAAAAACAACUUGCUGAAGAAGCAUUCCGUAUGUAUGGCCAAGCUCUUCAACACUCAAAACUUGAUCCAUCAGUUGCUCAUUAUCUUGAAGAAGAAUUUAUCGAAGGACAAGCUGAUACUAUCAGAACACUUGCUGGUCAUACAAGUGAUCUUACUAAACUCUUACGUGUUAAAGACAAUUCAUUGUCUGUAUUUUUGUUUGAUGAAUAUCUUCAAAAAACACUUUAAAUCAGUAUAAAUUUUCUUGGUUCUUAAUUUUUCUAUUAUAAUUUUUUUUUUCUUUUUUUUCAAUUAAUUUUCAUAAUUUAUAGUUGAUUUAUUACAUUAUUAUUUUUUCAAUAUAAUGAAUUAUUUUAAUUCUGUAAUUAUUUCUUUAUAAAAGAACAAAAAUAAAUAUAUUAUAAACAUAUUUGAAAUUGUAUAAACUAAUUAAUUUUUAUCAUACAAUAAUUAGUCUAAAUUAAUUAAUUGAUUAAUUCAACUUUUGUCUCUAUAAUUUUAUAUUGGUAAAGUAAAAAUUUCUUUACGUUCAAUUGACAAAGUAGAUAACUGUUUGAUCACUAAAAAGAAUAUGGACAUUUAAAUAUUAUUGACCCUUUAAAUAUGUCAAAUAAAAAAUUAUUUUAAAUUAU